AAUCAACAACCAAAAAAAAUGAAAAAAAGGAGAUUUGAGCCAUCUUCACCUUCUAAUCUGGAGUUUGAACAUUUAGAGGAUGAUGAUGCACUACAAGUUCCGAUUGUAAACUUGGAGAGACCACUAGGGGUGAAAGCUGAAAAAGAAAGAUUGAAGAAACAAAAAUGCAAAGAAGGUACGACUUCUCACAUAGAAGAUGUAUUGAAUGUUAUGAUGGAAGAAAAAAGAAAAAUGAAUGAGAUGAAAAUGGCUUGUAUUGAGAAAGGACGUCUUGCAGACCAUGAGCAGGAGAUGGCUCGAAUUCUUCUUGAGGAUAAAAAACUUGAAACGGAAAAAAUGAAAAUAGAAUUGGCUAUGAAAAAUUUGAAAGAGGCAAAUGUAAUGGAAAAAAUGAGAUUGGAUAGAUUGAAGGAGGACAAUGAAAUGGAGAAAAUUAGAAUGAAACAAGUGAAGGAGGAAAUAGAGAUUAUGAUGAUGGAUGUAAGUACGCUGUCUUCAAUGCAGCAAGAAUAUAUUCAUCAGCGCCAAAUGGAGAUCCUUGAAAAACGAAGGUCUAGUCAUUAGACUAUUAUUUUCAUCAAUG